UAUUAGUUACCAUACGUGAUAACAAUCUAAAGGCUCGUAGGUGUUUAGGCGCAAUCAAAACACAGGAACAAUUGAAAAUCGUACGUGAAAGUGCAAUAAUUUAAACAAAAAAAGAGACACCCGUGCCAAAUGCCGGUGAUGGGUGUGUAUUUCUGUUGCUGUUUACGACAAAGCUCUAUGAUUUUUGUCUAACAUAGUAGAGAGUAUACUACACAUUGGGGUGAAACAACCGUACAAACAGUGAUUCACAGUGACAUCCUGUGCCCCAUCGCGCACAUGGCCUAAGUGAAUAAUUUGCCUUUGAUUGGUGAAGAAUGCAAUAGUCGUUUUUAUGCAUUUGAUACGAUCUUAUCCAAAGUAUUAGAGCAUCGUACGCUCAUGACGAUUUAUUUUUUACGUCUUGCUGAAAGUUAAUGAUUUAUUUUAUCUUUUGCGGAUUGUUAAAAACAGCGUCCGAAUUUUCCUCUAGCGUUUAGAAACGUUUUUCAACAUUUUCUAUUCUUAUUCUGAAAUUGUUUGAUGUGAUGUAAUGUUGUUUGUUAGAGAAUAAGGUAGGUCAAAUUAGCAUACAUCGGCAACGGGGCAGAACGCAUUUUCACUCAUUUUCAUGUUUAUUAGUGUGUGCCGAGUACUGAGGGCAGAUUCAAUGAUUUCUUUUGCCGGUAGAAUGUCUCGAACGAAGUUUCACAAUUCGUAAGCAAACGUGAAAUGUAUUAUUUGUUUAGCACCAGAACUAUUCGAGUUCAUAAAGCAAGCGUGAUAAGCAAGGCUUAUGUGUGUGCGUUAGGCGGCGAAUGUGAAGGUCGUUAUGAUUAGCAUAAAAUGUGUUAGCAACCGGCGAUCCCACUCAAACUGUUGACGACGAUCGAAGAUCAAUGGACUUUUUGGUUGUUUUGUGUGCAUCAUCGAUUUACGAUUAAAUCUCGAUUUCGUUCGAUGUGAAAAUAGUAAGUGUAGCUGUACGGAUGCAUCAACUCACAAUGGAGCGGAUUGUGGUCUUAUGGUGGUGGUUCUUGCUGCUGACCAACACGAUACACCGAACGCAAGUUGCGUGCAGUUCUGUUCUAGUGGCCGACUUCCGGAUGACGCGAAUGGUCGAACUAAGCAGUCGACCUCCGUACUGCAAGAUCCACUCUGACCGUGGAGACAUUCAGCGCAUGCUUUUAGCAUCGGACACGAAGAAGGUACGGCAAGUGCCGCGAGAAUCAGUAAUAGCCCUGGAAGAGGUAUGUGGCGAAGCUAGUAACAUUUCCGGAGAGCUGCAAGGAGGGCUGGGAUUUAUAUACCCUGGCACUAAAUGGUGUGGACCAGGUACUAUCGCAACAAACUAUUCCGAUGUGGGACGAUAUGCUGACGAAGAUCAGUGCUGCCGAGAACAUGACUUGUGCCCUAAUGUGUUACUCCCGGGCGAGUGCCGCCGUGGGUUAUGCAACCGUGGCGCCUUCACUCGUUCUCAUUGCGACUGUGACGCACGUUUCAGGAGAUGUUUGCAGAACUUAAACACGGAGACGGCCAACACACUUGGUGCUAUAUUCUUCAAUGUCGUCCAGGUGACAUGCUUUGGCGAAAGAAGACCGUGCUCAGUUUGGCAAAGUGGCACCCACUCGGGAUACGAUUGUCCCGUACAGUUCUAUCGCUCUGGCACGUACAACCUACCGUUUGGUGGUGCGUAUAAUAAACAAACAAAUUCGCUACGAAACUCGCGGUCGUUUGACCUGGGCAGCCCGAAUGACGUUACCGGUGGAAAUCAAUUGAAAAUCAGCUCGUUGGGCUUAAUAUCGCAGAAUUUGUUUAAGGACCUGUUUGUGAGGCCGCUAAACGGCUAUACACGCUACUGGAUAACGGCAAAGUCGAUCGUAUACGGAUGAACGUUACUGUUUCCAGGAAUGCUUGAAUGAUCUGGGUCCGAUAGAGAUUGAGACUGUCUGUAUAAGGUUACAGUACAUUGCUGAAAGAGGCAAAAGAGACACAUGAGGUCUAAAACCUCUAUAAUUCUACACCAACAACAACAGUACAUUGCUAGACUUGUUAUUUGAGCAAUAGGAAUCGAAAUCAGGAAUCGAUUUAUGCUCGCACAGAUGUUCCAUUCAAUUAACAGCAUUUCAUGGACAACUGUAUAGUUACCUUAGUUUUGCUCAGGGCUAGAUCAGUAUUUGUUAGUGAGUAUUUGCUACCUAAUUGUAAGUGUAACUCAUUUUGGAACAAAGUACCUCAAACGCUCCGCCAAUAAUGGUCUGCUGUGAGUACAGUUCGGAGAAAAUUUUGAAUGAAUACAGCCAUGAAAAUAGCGGGUGAAAGAGAUUCCGAAAUUUAAUGGCCGCAAAGAAAACGAAAGCUGAAACGACGGAAGCUGACCAUGUCAAGGCACAGCGGAAACAAAGCCAUGCGGCCUCAAAAUGUGAACAGCUCAUGGACAAUGGUGAGUGAGAGGAGAGUGGGCUUCAACCAGACGGAAGCGGACGAGCUAUGCUCAAGGUGGAAGUAUCGCCCGAGUGAAAAAUACAUUCCAAUCAUGCAGCAAAAG